GGCUUCGGUAUGGAGAACGAUUUGAACGGAGAUCCAUCUCCCGCGCCUCGGGAAUCUCCCGAGACGUUCCAAUCGCUGCACGACGGCCACAAUCCAUCCGGCGGGCACGAAGCAGCCGAGCCUUUCGAAUCGCUGCUGGACGGAUUUUUGGACAAGAAUCGAUCCACGCUCGAAGGCAUCGUGAGCGAUCCUCCGAUAUUCUACCAGAAGUAUCCCAAUGUGGACGUGGAAGUGGCGUCCUUUAGCACUCCGGCCAAGGCGGUGCCCAGCCUUCUCCAUCACAGGCUCGAGGAUUCGAGAAACGAUGGGACGCUGGCCACCGAGAUCGUUGCUCGACUCCGAGAGGCUGCUACAAAUCACUGCGUUUUCCUCGUCGGUGGAAAGGGGUGUGGAAAGACGAGAACUCUCUACGAAGUCCUGGCACAGAACUUUGGAUUCUACUUCGUGGCCUCGCGGGUAGAGAACGGUGAAUCCAAGGACUUCGCAGCGGUCGUAGAGACGCUCAAGCUUUGCUACCCGAGUCACAACAAGGCCACCGAGUUUAUCCCCCGACGAGUUGGCAUGGAUGUGGCACUGUGUGCUUUGGUGGCGAGGUUGGCCAUCUUUUCGAAGGUUCUGGAGAUCAAGCCGGGGAUCUCGCCGCUGGAGUGGUUGAUUUGCCAGACUGAGUGCCGGCCUCGAGACGUGUUCCGGGAGUUGACGCUGUUCGUGAUCAAGCAAGAGUUGCCGAGCGCGUACCUGGAAGAGAAGUUCUCGGCUCUCGUCCAAGAAGCUUACGAGAGGAUCGAUGGUGGUCUAGCAGGCAGCAGCGGGAAGCUGCUGUUUGUGGUGGACGAGGCACUGCCGCCGCUCAGGAACAGGUUUAGAUCCGACAUCCACCCGGCGAAGCUCAAGAGUUUGCUCUCGCAGGCCGUCAAGGCGUUUAGAACGCAGAAGAAGGUUCCAACAGCGUGCAUUCUAGCUGGAACGGGGGGAGAACUUCUCGCGGAGGCUCAGGAUAUGGAAUCGCCGGUUUGCAGCGGGGAGUCCGAGCAGCUCACGCAGGAAAUAGUGGCUACUACCCAAACUUUUGAAGAUUCCAGCAGCUUUGGAGCCUUCUCGGACUAUGUGUCCAGCUUUUUGGGCCCCGGCGACUACAAAAGGCUGUUUUCCAAGUACUACCAGGCCCGUGCUGGCACAAUCGCUAGUGCUCUGCACGCGUACAUCAGCAGGCGUACCCCGAGAGAGAAGGCUUUGGAAUUUCUGGAGGACUUCGCAUUAACACUCGCGACCAAAGGUGGCAGCCAGCUAAAUGCACCGAAUUCUGUCCACGACACAUUGAUGAUCCUGCGCUCGGACCGUUACCUGCGGAGUGUGCUCAGAGACAUUACAGAGGCGUUCUACUUGGGUGGGAAAGGCUACUGUUUCACGCACAACUCGUCAAUCAAGCUCGUCGACCUGGGGAUCGGCGUGUUAAAGCUGGGAUUUUGCGACUCCAAUCCUCUCGAGGUGGCCACGAGAGAAGCUCCUAUCAACAAGGACGCAGUCAAGUGGAACUAUGCCGUGUGUGCGAUGGUGACGGAGAGACUCGUCCAGACGGCACUGUGCUACAUCUUUGUGCCGAAAGUGAGGGAGGAAAUUUUCCACUGCCGGGACGAGCCACUGGAGAAGCUGUUCGUCCAGGACAGGGAAAGAAGUGCACCACAAGGAAAUGAUGCUGCGGUGGAGCUGGAGCAGGAAACGAACGUUAAUGCUGACUCUGUUGCUGCCAGAGUUAAGCUCCCAGCUCCACAGGCCGGCACCCCUCUAAUGGUUCGACUGGGACAGAAUUGGACGUUUGAGAGAUGGCUUGGCCUGGGACGUGACAGGCCAACAUUCCUACAGACUAAAACCGACAACCAGUUUGGACCCGACUUCAUAACAAUCCUGGAAAUGCCCAAGCUCAAGAAGGAGAUCCUUCUCAACAUACAAGUGCGGCAGGGAAUGGCUGCGGACCGUUUGGAUUCUCGGGAGUUCUUCGCGCACAACAAGCAGCGCCAGGUUCUCGAGAGGAACAGGGAAAACUCGAGCUUGCUGUCCAAGUGCUGGAGUUCCGGCUGGGUGGAACUUCGCUUAUCUCCUUGCAAGAGGAUACAGCACGACGACAGGCCUUUCCCGACGGACAAGCCUUGCAUCCGCGCCUACAUUGACAAGACCAACCUCUACAAGAUCUUUCCAAAGCUCCUUCAGCAUCUCCGGCGAAAGUUAUAG